AUGUUUGCUUUCCGCCGAAAGUUGGAAAUCCCGAGUUAUUGGCAUGUACCAGAGAGCCAAUGCAAUGCACAUGAAAUGAUCGUAGUAGAAAUCAAAAACAAACACGUUGGAGGAGCCUUCUCCAUGAAAACGAAAAGGCUCACUUUCUGGGUUUCAUUUUCUCCGGUCUCAUGUUUUCAAACAGAAGAGUUUAGAUCAAAAACUUCUCACUCCCGUUUGAAGUUUGCUGUAAUGAGUCUUUAUGACGCUAAAAAAUGGGACAUCGACAUUAGGGAGAAUCAGAACAGGCUGCAACAGCUGGGUUAUGGAGAUGGGAGCGAGGAAAAUGAAGAGUGUGUGGGUAUGAAGGAAAUGGUUCAUGGCUUCCUGCUUAUGGAGUUCUGUGAGCAACACAGAGGAGCAAGUUUUUGGCAAAAUAUUAGAAAAACUGCGGUGACGCCACUGCUACAAUCAAGGCGGCAAGGAGCAUCAACCCGUGCCGAUUCAAUUUCACAACAUCAAUUCCCGGAAGAUCCUUCCACCUCCUUUACUCGGUCAAUGUGUUGGUGAGUGGAUGACGUAACCGAAUGGAUUUAUAGUCAAGAGCGACUCAAGAAUUUUCCAUAUGAAAGGAUGAGGAGCCCCCUACGUUAGAGAAAAAGUUACCACAUAGAUAUUGUCAAUGUGCAGCUAAGGAAGUGGUUUGAAUUAGAAACACGUUGCGAUAAAUUGUGUAUUCCAUUUACGAACCGCUAUAAAUUUAUCUGCACAUAACAACACAGUAAAAAAGGUGAAUAAAGGGAAUGAUUAAAUGCUGAG